UUCCUGCGGGGCGGCGCGGGGGGGGCGCCCGCGGGCUAUAUAAAACCUGAGCGCGAGGACCAGCGGCCACCGCAGCGGACAGCGCCGAGAGAAGCCUCGCUUCCCUCCCGCGGCGACCGGGGCCCGAGCCGAGAGCAGCAGGUGUAGCCACCCGCCCAGAAACCAGACACCAUGUGUGACGAAGACGAGACCACCGCCCUCGUGUGCGACAAUGGCUCCGGCCUGGUGAAAGCCGGCUUCGCCGGCGACGACGCCCCUAGGGCCGUGUUCCCGUCCAUCGUGGGCCGCCCUCGCCACCAGGGCGUCAUGGUGGGGAUGGGUCAGAAGGAUUCCUACGUGGGCGACGAGGCCCAGAGCAAGAGAGGCAUCCUGACCCUCAAGUACCCCAUCGAGCACGGCAUCAUCACCAACUGGGACGACAUGGAGAAGAUCUGGCACCACACCUUCUACAACGAGCUGCGCGUGGCCCCCGAGGAGCACCCCACCCUGCUCACCGAGGCCCCCCUCAACCCCAAGGCCAACCGCGAGAAGAUGACCCAGAUCAUGUUUGAGACCUUCAACGUGCCCGCCAUGUACGUGGCCAUCCAGGCCGUGCUGUCGCUCUACGCCUCGGGCCGUACCACCGGCAUCGUGCUCGACUCCGGCGACGGCGUCACCCACAACGUGCCCAUCUAUGAGGGCUACGCCCUGCCGCACGCCAUCAUGCGCCUGGACCUGGCCGGCCGCGACCUCACCGACUACCUGAUGAAGAUCCUCACCGAGCGUGGCUACUCCUUCGUGACCACAGCCGAGCGCGAGAUCGUGCGCGACAUCAAAGAGAAGCUGUGCUACGUGGCCCUGGACUUCGAGAACGAGAUGGCGACGGCCGCCUCCUCUUCCUCCCUGGAGAAGAGCUACGAGCUGCCCGAUGGCCAGGUCAUCACCAUCGGUAACGAGCGCUUCCGCUGCCCGGAGACGCUCUUCCAGCCGUCCUUCAUCGGCAUGGAGUCGGCGGGCAUCCACGAGACCACCUACAACAGCAUCAUGAAGUGCGACAUCGACAUCAGGAAGGACCUGUACGCCAACAACGUCAUGUCGGGGGGCACCACCAUGUACCCCGGGAUCGCUGACCGCAUGCAGAAGGAGAUCACGGCGCUGGCCCCCAGCACCAUGAAGAUCAAGAUCAUCGCCCCACCUGAGCGCAAGUACUCGGUGUGGAUCGGCGGCUCCAUCCUGGCCUCGCUGUCCACCUUCCAGCAGAUGUGGAUCACCAAGCAGGAGUACGACGAGGCCGGCCCCUCCAUCGUCCACCGCAAAUGCUUCUAGACCCCACGCCACCAACAGCGAGCGAAUUCUCCUCAGGACGACAAAUCUGCUCAGGUUGCAGGUGGCUGACCUCGAGUCACCGCUGCAGCAACUCUGUCUCUAACAACUUGAGUUGCUGCCGCCGCAACCCUACACAAUGUUUAUAACGUGUACAUACAUUAACUUAUUUACCUCAUUUUGUUAUUUUUAAAACAAAGCCCUGUGGAAGGAAAUGGAAAACUUGAAGCAUUAAACUCAGCCAUUCUGUCUGUUGCGUAAA